AUGGUUCUCACGAACCCCUUCGAUUUGGCACUGUACACACCUCAAUACAAGCAACCAGACUCGCCAGCCAAGAAUUUCCAUGACGGUGACGCUGCGUGGACGAGGUUUCUUGCUGCGAGGCCGUUGUUCUAUCUUCCCGAUCGGUCUGCUAUCACGGAUGAAGACCCGAUCAAUCGUCACCGGCGCCUGUGGACCCAUCAUGAGCUCCAAACGUUUGGAGAUGUAGUAGAAGAAUGGACCUGCGCUCAACUGCGCGCCCAAGAGCGCACACUACGCCGAUGGCACCAGUCAGCGACCCACGUACAGCGCUGCUUCCGCGGUAUGCUCGACAGAAUGUACGUGCUGAGACUGCGGCAAGAGCUGUUCGAGUAUGCUGCAACACUCGAGAGGGCCAUGGAGCUUGCUCGUGAACGACGGAGGCGACGGAAGGCUGCUGUUGCAAUCCAGAGAGGAUACCGGUGUCAUCGGAAGCUUGUCAUCCGUCAACAGCGAGCAGCAGUCGUGCUGCAAAAUGCAAGCAAGCGCUUCAUGCAACGACUAAGACGAUGGAAUGCCCGAGUGACGAUGCAGCGCGCUGCUCGGUUUUUUCUGUGGCGAGUUCGAUGGCAACGAUACAGGCAGCGCGUGAGAAAAAUGCUCGAUGCUGCAGCAAGACAACGAAAACUCGCUCUGGCAACGAAAGCCUUCCUCAACGCACGAGAAAAUGCCCUGCAUCAACGCCAAGUAAAAACCUGGGCUGAUCAUCCAGAACGAAUGCAAAUGUUGUUGCGGGCACGCCAACGACAGCAAAAGUUGCGACUGGCAACCGGUCGUUCUCGACUUCAAACAAACACCAACCGACUCUACCUCUGA